CGGAGGCGAACAAAGAGGCGGCGGGCGCGGGCGGCCGAACGGAGCCGAGUGCAGCCGAGCCGGGCCGAGCCGGGCCGAGCCGGGCCGGGCCGGAGCCCAGGAUCGCGAGGACCAUGCGAGCAGCUGAGCUAGGGUCGGUGGGUCCCUGAGCCCCGCGUCCCGGGCAGCGAGGGAAGCCGGGUGCAGCUUCCACGGCCGCCCGCCAUGGCCGGGGUCAGCUACGCGGCGCCCUGGUGGGUGAGCCUAUUGCACCGGCUGCCCCACUUCGACUUGCGGUGGGAGGCCACCAGCAGCCAGUUCCGGCCGGAGGACACCGACUACCAGCAGGCGCUGCUACUGCUGGGGGCCGCCGCCCUGGCCUGCCUGGCCCUAGACCUCCUCUUCUUGCUCUUUUACUCCUUCUGGCUCUGCUGCCGGCGGCGAAAGACCGACGAGCACCUGGAUGCUGACUGCUGCUGCACGGCCUGGUGUGUCAUCAUCGCCACGCUAGUGUGCAGCGCUGGCAUCGCAGUGGGAUUCUAUGGCAACGGGGAGACCAGCGACGGCGUCCAUCGAGCCACCUAUUCGCUGCGCCAUGCCAACCGUACAGUGGCAGGGGUCCAGGACCGCGUGUGGGAAACUGCAGUGGCCCUGAAUCGCACCGCAGAGCCCAACCUGCAGAGCCUGGAGCGGCAGCUGGCUGGGAGGCAGGAAUCCCUACGGGCUGUGCAGCGGCUGCAGAGCCUGCUAGGGACACUGCUGGGUUACACUGCUGCCAUCCCCUUUUGGAGGAAUCCCCGCGUGUCACUGGAGAUGCUAGCUGAGCAGGUGGACCUCUAUGACUGGUACAGGUGGCUGGGUUACCUGGGCCUCCUGUUGCUUGAUGUCAUCAUCUGCCUCCUGGUGCUGGUGGGCCUCAUCCGUAGCUCCAAAGGCAUCUUGGUUGGGGUCUGCUUGCUGGGUGUUUUGGCCCUGGUCAUCAGCUGGGGUACACUGGGCUUGGAGCUGGCCGUGUCUGUGGGCUCCAGCGACUUCUGCAUGGACCCUGAUGCCUUUGUGACCAAGAUGGUGGAGGAGCACUCAGUACUGAAUGGGGACAUUUUACAGUACUACCUGACUUGCUCGCCCCGUGCCACCAACCCCUUCCAGCAGAAGCUGUCGGGCAGCCACAAGGCACUGGUGGAAAUGCAGGAUGUUGUGGCUGAGCUGCUGAGGAGUGUUCCCCGGGAACACCCAGCCACCAAGGACCCCUUGCUUCACAUCCAGGAAGUGCUGAAUGCCACAGAGGUGAACCUUCAGCACCUUACUGCCCUGGUGGACUGCCGCAGCCUUCAUCUGGACUACGUGCAGGCCCUGACGGGCUUCUGCUAUGAUGGUGUCGAGGGACUCAUCUACCUGGCCCUCUUCUCCUUUGUCACAGCCCUCAUGUUCAGCUCCAUCGUCUGCAGCGUUCCACACACCUGGCAACAGAAGAGAGGCCCAGAUGAGGACGGGGAGGAGGACACUGCCCCUGGGCCACGGCAGGCACACGACAGCCUCUAUCGAGUGCACAUGCCCAGUUUGUAUAGCUGUGGCAGCAGCUACGGCAGUGAAGCCAGCAUCCCAGCUGCCGCACACACCGUCAGCAAUGCCCCGGUCACCGAGUACAUGAGCCAGAACGCCAAUUUCCAGAAUCCCCGCUGUGAGAACACCCCCCUCAUUGGGCGCGAGUCCCCACCGCCCUCAUACACCUCCAGCAUGAGAGCCAAAUACCUCGCCACGAGCCAGCCUCGCCCUGACUCCAGCAGCAGCGGGCACUAGACCGUGCACCAGCCAGCCACCCUGCCCCACGUGCCAAUCACCCCACUUCUCCCGUGCCAGCACUGACUGCUGCUUCCACCCCAUGGCCACCCGCUGGACCCUCUGCACGCCAUGCCACGCCAGGCCAUCUCUGGGCAUAUCUGAGGCCUCUGCUCUCCCCUCCCUGCAGGGGGCAUGGAGGUGCCAGCCUGAGAAGUGAGGCUGCUGGAUCGCACACCUGGACAGACACUGCCUCCAGCAACCCGGCCCUGCCUGCCUGUCUCCCCUCAUCCCUCCACCCUCUUGGAUUCUGAGCCCUGCUCUGUGCCAGGUGCUUCCGUCCCUCUGCAGGUGACCCUCCAUGCUGUGCCAGGCACUCCACGCGCCUCCUUCCCUCCAGCAGCUCCAUGUCUUUCCUGGUGUCACCCUGGCCCCUGAGGGUCACUUCGUUCACAGGCAGCAGAAGGCCCUGUGCCUGGCGUCCCUGCCUCUGAGUGGGUCCAAGCUUACCUGUUCAUCUCUGCUGUGUGGGUCCUCCACACACACUGGUCACUUCUCAGAGCUGCCUCUAGAAUGGAGCUCUUCCUACACUUCCUGCCCAGCACGGCUCUUUCCCUCAGCACCCAACCUGCCCUCUCCUGGACAGCAGAUGCCACGCAGAGCCCAGGUCACUGACUGGCCUCAGUGCUGGCCACCGUCUUGGCGCCAAACCCUCUUUCCUGCUCUUGAAGAGUGGCAGCUUCAUCCAGUUUGUUUUUGCACUAACCACAUUUGUCAUCUCCAGAGCAGGCUGGGGCACAGGUGGAGUGGGACACUGCCCCCUUCCCAUCCUCCUCUGUUCCAUUCCCACCCAGGACAGGCGAAGUGCCCCUGGAUCCCAGCCUGGACCCGAGUUGGCUGUGAAUGUGCCCUCAGCCUCAGAAUGCCCCUGUUGGGACUAACCACUAACCUCACUCCCAGCCUCCAUGGGCAUUCCUGGCUGACCCAGAGCCAGUAAGCGUGACCCCAAGUCUACCCUGGAGCCAAGGGCCAUGACAGCUGGCUUGGAACCAGGGCUGGAGUUGUCAUUUCUUUGUGGGGUGCUGUUGAGGAGGGGCCGCAGACCAAUAGGCAGCCCAAAGGGCUUAGAGACCCCUCCCCGGGCAGGUGCUGCCCCAGGAGAACCAUGUCCUCAGAAACAAGCAUCCUGGGGACUUUGGACUAAGGCCCUUGUGGCCUCAGUCCCCUGACCUGUGAAGUGGGAGCAAUGUUUCCCUAAGGUGCUUUUGGCUUUAGUGUAUGAUGUUUGCUGUGCUUCCUGCCGUGGUGGCAGAAUCAGCCCCCAAAUUAGGACUCAGAGCCUCUACCCUGGUUAGCCCUAGCCCUGGCCCAACUAGCCAGUGCAAGCUCUGGCUUGUGGGCCAGGAGCAGGGGGAACUGGAGGGCUGUGGGUCAGUGUGUGGGGGCCAGGGCUGGGGCCCUGUGGUAGGAGGUGGUUUACAGACCUGUGGUUCUUACUGGAGCAGCCUGGCAGCUACAUACCCCCAAAACCACAGGCUUCAACUCCUCCCUGGGGGAGGCUCCACCUUUCCUUCCUCAACCCCUUCUUUUGUGCUGGUGUCUGGGACCAAAAGGGGGCAUAGACGGAACUGACUGACUCACUGGGCAUAGGGAGCCAAGCUUGGGCACCUGUGCCCCCUGGCCAUGACCAAACCUCAAUGGAGAGGGACUCUGCUCUUGGCCCCAACUGGCUGGCUUCAGGAACCCAUGGGGCCAUUGAGGCCCAGUUUUAACCAGCCUGCCUGCCAUGGGCAUGUGCCAGGCUGCAGGUCCAGAGGGAGGCAUGGGGCGCUCCCAUCUGGGUUCCUGCAUGCACCCUGGGGCCUCUCAGAAGCACAAACGAUGCCCCUGGCCUAGAGCUGGCCACAAGGUGAAUGUAUAUAGCAUGAGAGGCGGGCUCUGCCCAGAUGUGGCUGUGAACUUGUGCUGUCUUGGGAGUCCUGACCGUUGUGUGCGUGCGUGCCCCCCAUGUGACUUUUCACUCAGAGGCUGAAGGAAAAAGGGGGAAUAAGGGGGCUCCCACCUGACCUCCAUGAGUGGCAGCUCCUGCCGUCAGUGUAUUAUUCUAUUUGGUUUUUCUGAAUUUUGGGUGCCACUUGCCUAACUACCCCAUCCCCGUGACCACUCCUCAGCUCUGGGAGGGAGGGCGGGCAGAUCAGGUCUAGUUGGCCUGUGAUCAGUUCUCCACUCUUGCCUGCUCUAGGGGUACAGAAUCAAGAGGGCUGAGCCAGCAAGCCAGACCCAGGUCCCAGGCCAAACUAGGAGGAGGGGUCCUGCCGGGACCCUGGGACUGGUGGCCACCCCCAUCCUGGUCCAUGUGAGGCAGGAUUGCCUGGCCUAGAGCAGCCUUUAGCCCCUCCCCUAGUGCCCACCCACCCCAUCUCACUAUGCAAUUCCUGGCCCCAGCCCCAUCCCCUGCUCUACCCAGGUCCUUGCUCUGCCCAACCUAGGAGGUUAGAUGGCAGCUCCUGGACCUCCGGUGACAGGGUCUUUUUUUCUUUUGAACCACAAUGGUGGUGUGCCAUGCCCUUUCUCCUACAUAUGAUUUUUGUGAGACUCACCUCCCCCUGCCCGCAUCUGCCCCUUGGUGGACGUCAUCUGAGCCGAACCAGCCCCGCGCCCCCCCUCUAGCCUCCGUAGGGCCAUGGCUGUGUUACUGUUGCUGUGUUUUCAUUUUUUAAAACAGGGGGUUUAAUUUUUAUUUCUUUGGGAACUUUAUUUUUCUUGGCAAAUAACUGAAGUUCUUGUCCAUGUAAUUUCUGUGGUUUCUAUUCAGCUUGGGUUUCAUGUUUUGAAAUAAA